AGUCCCCCUCCCACCCGGACCCAAGAACUAUCUCUGCCAACUGUGGACGGCGCAGAUACCAGCACUUCAGCUUUCCCGCAAGCGGUGCGGGUGGACUGGAGGGUCGCGGAGCCCCAGGUUGCGGGCCGCUGCCCUGACAGGAACCGAGGUGGUCUCUGGAGCGCCGUGGCCCUUCCUUCCUCCCUCUCCUGGAGCGUGGGCAUCUGCUCCUUUGGGAGGAGGGCAGGAGGACCCUGGCAUGCAGAUCCUUCCCGCUCAGCCACGCACAGAGGGCGAGCAGCCGACGGACACAGCCGCGCCAUGGCCUCGGCCGCCUCCGUGACCAGCCUGGCGGACGAGGUCAACUGCCCCAUCUGCCAGGGCACCCUGAGGGAGCCGGUCACCAUCGACUGCGGCCACAACUUCUGCCGCGGCUGCCUCACCCGCUACUGCGAGGUCCCAGGCCCGGAGCCCGAGGAGGCCCUGGCCUGCCCGCUCUGCAAGGAGCCUUUCCGCGCCGGCAGCUUCCGGCCCAACUGGCAGCUGGCCAGCGUGGUGGAGAACAUCGAGCGCCUCAGGCUGGUGUCCACGCCGGGCUCGGACGAGGCGGACAUGUGCCGGGAGCACGGGGAGAAGAUCUACUUCUUCUGCGAGGACGACGAGGCGCAGUUGUGUGCGCUGUGCCGCGAGGCCGGGGAGCACCGGGCCCACACCGUGCGCUUCCUGGACGCGGCGGCGGAGCCCUACAGGGAGCAAAUACAGAAGUGUCUUGAGUGUCUAAGAAAAGAGAGAGAAGAGAUUCAAAGAAUCCAGUCGAGAGAAAACCAAAGAAUACAAGUCCUCCUGUGUCAGGUAGCCACCAAGAGACAGAAGGUGAUCUUCGAGUUUGCGCAUCUGAGCCAGUUCCUGGAGGAGCAGCAGAGCGUCCUCCUGGCCCAGCUGGAGAAGCUGGAUGGGGACAUCCUGAAGCAACGGGAAGCGUUUGACGUCCUGGUCGGCGAGGAGAUCUGCCGUUUCAGCAGCCUGAUCUCCGAGCUGGAGGAGAAGCACGGGAGGCCGGCGCGGGGGCUCCUGACGGACAUCAGAAGUACUCUGAUAAGAUGUGAAACCAGAAAGUGCCGGAAACCAGAGGCUGUGUCCCCUGAGCUGGGCCAGAGGAUUCGGGACUUCCCCCAGCAGGCCGUCCCACUGCAGCGGGAGAUGAAGAUGUUUCUGGAGAAGCUGUGGUUCGAGCUGGACUACGAGCCAGCCGACAUCUGUCUGGACCCGCAGACCUCCCACCCCAAGCUCCUUUUGUCUGAGGACCAGCGGAAAGCCCAGUUCUCCUACAAGUGGCAGAACUCGCCCGACAGCCCGGAGCGUUUUGACCGGGCCACCUGCGUCCUGGCCCAUUGCGGCUUCACAGACGGCAGACACACGUGGCUGGUGACGGUGGACCUGGCCCACGGCGGCAGCUGCACGGUGGGCGUGGUGAGCGAGGACGUGUCACGGAAGGGGGAGCUGCGGCUGCGGCCGGAGGAGGGCGUGUGGGCUGUGCGGCUGGCCUGGGGCUUCGUGUCGGCGCUGGGCUCCUUCCCCACACGGCUGGCGUUGCGGGAGUCUCCGCGGCAGGUGCGCGUGUCCCUGGACUAUGAGGUGGGCUGGGUGACCUUCGUCAAUGCCGUCAGCCAGGAGCCCAUCUACACCUUCACGGCCUCCUUCACCCGGAAGGUCUUUCCCUUCUUUGGGCUCUGGGGCCGAGGGUCUAGCUUCUCCGUGAGUUCCUGAGAGGGCCAGUCCCCCUCCUGCCAGGACGGGGCUCACCAGAGGCCUGCACGGACUCGACUCUUGCGGGCUCGCCCGGGGGCAGACCAAGGACUUGCAAGGACGUGGUGGGGUGACCUUCCAUGUGCUGAUUAAGCCAUUUCCCUGACACCCGGUGCAUGGCUGGGGCUCCAGGGACGCGGCCCAGCGGUGCCCAGUGGACACAGGAGACCCGGGCCUGGAGCAAUUGUGUGAUCUUAGACAAGGCACCUGUCCUCAUGACUUCUUCCUCCAGAAAGACGAGGGUUCACAGACGUGUAGCUUCGAGGAACGUUUCUCAUGGGCUGACCGUGAACCAGGCAGGCUGGUAGUCACGGGCCGCAUGAAAACGAACAGAAACUAACUGGAGGAACUCACGGAGCAGACAGAGGCAGGAGGAGGACAUUGCAGGGGGGCGACAGGUGCUGGGCAGGGGCUAUCCUGGGUGUGGGGGCUCAGCGGGAGGGGCCCAGUCCAGCCGGGAGGGCUUCCUGGGAAGGACAGCCAUAGGAGACGUGUGUGCCAGGUGAGGGUAGGAGGGUUGGCAGAGACCCCGCUGGCUGACCCCGUGGCCCUUGGGACACUGGGCCGUCCUCCGCGGGAGACCCUGACACGGCCCGAGUCCUCCCUCCCGUGGGGGCACGUCCGGCUGAGACGGGAGGCCUGGCGUGCAGCAUGAGCCAGGGGCCACACUGCGCUGCAGAGAGCCCCGUUCCUGCUGCGGUAACCACCCUCUGAGCUCGAGCCAGUGGUGGGAAGGGAUGAGGCGCAGGGAGCUCCGCUGCAGGGGCGGGGGCGGCGUCUGAGGGUGGGGGUGGGGAAGAGCCGGGCCUGCAGAAGGCAGGCGAGAUGUCUGGGAGAGCCAGGCCGAGAUGUCUGGGAGAGCCAGGCCGCGGGGCCGGGGACAAGCCUGGGACUGGCAGACUGAGGUCGGCCGCCACAGGCCGGAGCGUGAGGUCGCGUGUGCAAUAAAACUGUGGUCCUCACACGGCCUGCGUCCCGGGUGUUGUCUUCUCUUGUCUCAGCGACCGCCCGCUCACCACCGCUUCCGUAUUCGAUGUCUGCUCUGCUUGGACACAACUGAACUGUGCAGCCCUCUCCCCGCUGACGCCCCUGCUGGCAGACACCAGGGCCCGGGGAGAACCGGCGACCAGGGGCUGCAGGGGCGGCUCGCUCCCUCUGGGCACGUUCCCAUUAUCUAUAAAUCACACUCACAGGAGACCUCAGUAUUCAUACACAUGUGUGCGUCUGUGUAGGAUGGUUAUGCGCGUACCAAGCCCCCAGCCUGCGUCCCACGGAAGUGGACUGGGUUUCCUGUGUGUCACUGGGGUUAGCGGGGCCUGUUAAACAAUGACCUGCAGGGCCCCCCGUGGGAGGAGACACGCGCUAUGUCCCUUUGCGCUGGUCCCCACAGGACAUGCUCUGUCCUACAGUGAAGUGUGGGGCAUCUGCAGCCGGGAUCGUGACCCUGUCUUGACUCGGAGGCCCGAACCGCUAGGGGGCUCGGCCUCGUGCAGGGCCAGGCGCGUCUGGUGAACAAGCCAACGCAGGCCGCACUCCACACACCUGACUGCGUCCAGAAGGACGACACGUGCUCCUCUCGCUGAGAAACACGACUGCUGGUGAGUGGAGAGGCUCCCGUCCCAUGUGACCUGACCUGACCUGAGGGGGCGUCGUGCAGAGAGAGAGGGUAGACCCCGCCGGACGCGUGACUGGUGGCUGUGUGCUCGGCUCGUCCCAGACCUGCCCUUGGGGUCCCCUCCCUCCCCAGAAGUGCUCACAUCUGAGCCCCACCUCCCGGACCCCAUGGGAGGGGUGCAGCCCUGUCCUGACCUGACCGCCAGGGGUCCCGGCUCGGAUUUUCUCAGCCUACACUGUAGCCGCGCUUUCUUUCACCAAGAACGGAGACUCUCCAGUUAGUUCCAAAGAAAAGGAAAGCUUGUUGUAAGAACAGACGUGGAAAUAAGGAAAAUGGGGUUUUCCUCCGCCAGCCAGGCCUUGUGGGGAGCUAUGGCCAGGGUGCCAAGGGUCAACAGCAGGCGUCAGAGGGAGGGCAUGGAGCUCGCCCGUGCCCUGUGCUGUAUGUUCACCCCUUCACCCCUCCCAACGCCCCGUGAGGUGGGGACGGCAUUAGGAGCCCUGCUGUGUACGUGAGAGAGCAAGACUCGCAGGCCGACACCGGCCCCAAAUCAGCAGCAGCAAAGAGCAGACUCCUCGCACUCGGGUACCCGGGGGUUUGGCUGCAAGCCACGCCCGUGACCGCCAGUGGUGUCAGCGCCCCGGGGCUGGCAGGUCAGGGGCUGGGGCCCCGCACGCAGGCUGCCCGCACAGUUCACGACCUUGCCCAGCAGGACUGAGGGCCUUGACCCCCGUGGGCUGCGGGCUGCUGCCCGUCCGAGGGGCCGCCUGCUGGUCCCCUCCCAGCUCGAGUCCCUCCGCCCAGCACGGCAGUCUGUGAGGAGUCCUGCCAGCCAUGACCACACAGUCACGCCCUUCGCCAUAUCCCAUUCCCAUCACAGUCCUGCUCACGGAAGGGGGGAGCCAGUGCAGGGGCACCGGUGCAGACGUGCGGGCCUCCCAAGCGUCUGGAGCCCCUGUCCUAGUACGAAUCGUGAGAGGUGGGUACGGCCAUCUGCUCACAGGCGAAACGGAGGCCUUGGGCCCUGCCGUGUGCGGGGGCAGCCAUGAGUGUGAGCCUGGCUCAGGAAGGAGGCUGUGACCACCGUGCUCGGGUCAGAGGGUCAGGCAUCAGGUCCCAGCUGCGGGGAUGAGCACAGGGGGUCACGUUCGGGAGAUGGGGGGUGAGGACACACUGGGCCGCCUCGCAGGGAGGGAGAACCAGGAGGAGGAGGCGAGUCUGGGACGAGGUGGCCCGGGAACGAGC